UGAUUUAUCUAUACUUGACUUUCGUUUAGAUGGCCUGCCUCCUCAUCAUCGUGUACCACUGCCAGCUCUCUCACCUACCAUGGAAAUGGGAACACUUAUAUCUUGGGAAAAAAAGGAAGGUGACCAGUUAAAUGAGGGAGAUCUCCUUGCUGAAAUUGAAACAGAUAAGGCAACGAUGGGAUUUGAAACACCUGAGGAAGGCUAUUUGGCUAAAAUUUUAGUACCUGCUGGAACUAAAGAUGUUCCUUUGGGAAAGCUUUUGUGUAUAAUUGUAUCGAAUGAAUCAGAUGUUGCUGCAUUUGCUGAUUUCAAAGAUUCCGGUGAACCAGUAAUGCCAUCAGCCCCUAAAGCUGCCUCUGCUCCAUCUCCUGCACCACCAGCUGCCUCUCCACCACCAUCUGCUCCUUCGUCUAGUCCACCUAUUCAAAUAACACCUCCUAGUGGAGCAUCUGGUGCAUCUAGACUAUUUGCUAGUCCUUUAGCCAAAACUAUAGCAAAUCAAAAAGGA